GGUCCCGCAGCGGCUCCCCGGGCCCCUCCGCCGCCCUGCCCGUCCUGGACGGCGCUUUCCUUCUCUCGCCCCUCGGGGGGCUGAUGGUCGCCCAGGCCGAACCACCACCUGAACACUUUCCCUGUGUUCACCCCCAGGUGCUCGGCUUACUGGUGUGGGCUCUCAUCGCCGACACGACGUACUACCUCCACGCAGCAUACGGCUGGGUGAUGUUCGUGUCCAUCUUCUUCUGGAUAUUAACAGUCCUUUUCCUCGUGGCUUAUCUUCUCCAGCUUCAGCUGAAGUUCUAUGUGAUCCCCUGGCCGCUUGUGCUGAUGAUCUUCAACAUUGCAGCCACCGUCCUGUAUGUCACCGCCUUCGUAACGUGCGCAGCUGCCGUCCAGCCUACGUCCUGGCGGCAGUGGGACUACAACCGGAGAGCCACGGCGUCCUUCUUCGCCUGCCUCACAAUGAUCGCCUACGGGGUGAGCACCUUCUUCAGCUUCCGCGCCUGGAAAGGGCUUGGCAGCAACGCGGCCACCAGCCAAGUGACUGACCACGCGUAAGGAGCAGACAGCAAAGCCCACCCUGGGUCAGCUCAUGCCGGGCUCCAUGGCUCGGAGCCUCGUGGGCCACCAGGUCUCAUUCUGGGACCAGCCUGCGCUGGCAGCAAUGGUCAGUACCGGGUGGCGUGGAUGCUGCUCUGGGAUCUCUGAUGAUGCUUCCAGCUGACAUGCCCACAGCACCAACCCACCAGCACCAUCACCCACAGCCUCGCCGGGAGGACACGGACUCGUUAGAGGCUGAGGCUUCUGCUCGUCCCUGGGGUUCAUCCAGAUCCUCGCUGGAGCAGCUCUGCUGAGGGGGUUCGCACACUCCAGUACUAAAAUUCACUAAACCAAGCCCAGGCUCCUGUCUCUGGCCAUUUGCAGCUACACUGUAAUUGCAAUUAACGUGACAGAUACACAGCAGCACAGCUGGGGGAUGUAGGCUAAGCAAAGGAAAACAUCUAAACUCUCCCUGUAUUGAUUUCUAAAAAUGGAAGCACCAAUUUUAUGCUUUAAAUAAAAAUCGUGCUAAAUAACA